AUGGCCACGGAAAGCGCCAUCUGCGUUGCCACGGUAUUGGUGCUCUUUCCUGUUUUUGCUGCUCUCGUAAGGCUCAUCUACGUCCUUCCAGCAUUGCAGGUCAAACUGGCAACACCCUCGAACUCACAGCUACGUGGCCAUGUGAUGAUCCUUUUAGGCUCGGGAGGCCACACGGGGGAAAUGUGUCGUAUUCUACAGCAAUUGAAUUUUGAACGCCUAAGUUUGACUUGGUUGGUCUCUACAGGCGAUACGACAUCGUUGGAGAAGGCACAAAUGCUUGAAGAAAGUAAAGGACAUUCACCGAAGAAUUCUACAUACAUUACGUUGAAGAGAGCUCGCAAAGUGGGCCAAAGCUUAAAGCUGUCUGUACUUACGACGUUGGCAUCUAUUGCAUCGACGUUUCAAAAAUUAGUACACUUGCAGCUGUACCCCGACGUUUUGAUCAUCAAUGGACCUGGAACGUGUGUGCCUGUAGCAUACGUGCUUUUCCUCUUCAAGUAUGUUGGUCUUUGUCGUACAAGAAUUGUCUAUAUCGAGUCUUUGGCUCGUGUGAACGAGCUCAGCUUGUCAGGUAGACUUGUCUUGCCGGUCUGUGACCGAUUCAUCGUGCAAUGGGAACCCUUGGCUAUGAGGUACAAAAGGGCAGAAUAUUAUGGGAUACUAGUUUGA